CUCUAGUGUUGCACCAUGACUGUAUCCUACACUCUCAAGGUGGCUAAUGCUCGAUUUGGAGGCUUCUCAAAGUUGCUCUUCAGAUGGAGAGGAAGCAUCUACAAGCUCUUGUACAGAGAAUUCCUGGUCUUCUGCUUACUGUACGGCUUAUUCAGCAUUCUGUACAGGUGUGUUCUCAACAACCAUCAGCAGGAACUAUUCGAGCGACUAGCACGACAUUGCAACAAGUUUGCUAAACUCAUUCCCAUGUCCUUUGUUCUUGGGUUCUACGUGACACAGGCGUUUCAGCGCUGGUGGGGUCAAUAUACAAGCUUUCCCUUGCCAGAUAACCUCAUGAUGGUUGUCUCUGGAAAUGUUCAUGGUACAGAUGAAAGAGGGCGUUUGCUGAGGCGUACUCUCAUGAGGUACGCAAACCUCUCAUCUGUUCUCAUCCUGCGUUCCAUCAGCACACGAGUACGCAAGCGAUUUCCAAAAUUGAAGGACAUUGUGGAGGCAGGAUUCAUGACUGUGGAGGAGCAGAAGAAACUGAAUCAUCUGUAUUCUGACUUUAACAAAUACUGGAUGCCCCUUGCUUGGUUUGCAAAUCUGGCAUCACAGGCAAGAAAAGAGGGCCGUGUUAAAGAUGAUAUAGCCUUGAGAUUGCUUAUGGAUGAGCUGAAUAACUACAGGUCAAAAUGCAGCAUGCUCUUUCACUACGACUGGAUCAGCAUCCCUCUGGUUUACACACAAGUUGUAACAUUGGCCGUUUACUCCUUUUUCACAUUCUGUCUAAUUGGGCGACAGUUUAUUAAACCUGAGAAUCGUGAAGAGCACAGUGUUCAUCUGGACAUGUAUGUCCCAGUUUUCACUCUCCUGGAAUUUUUCUUUUAUGCUGGCUGGUUAAAGGUAGGGGAACUCAUUAUCAACCCAUUUGGAGAAGACGACGAUGAUUUUGAAACCAAUCAACUCAUAGAUCGGAACAUUCAGGUUUCUAUGUUAGCAGUAGAUGACAUGCAUCAAAAUCUCCCUCCCCUUGAGAAGGACAAAUACUGGGUUGACAUGGGUCCCUCGUAUCCUUCUUCUACAACAAAACCUGUCUUUAUGGGUUCAACACAUGACAUGAGGAUAAUAGAGGAUGAAAAUGAAGAAUUUGUACAGAGCUCUAAAGCAGCAAUUCUUGCUGUCAAUGUGUGGCCAACCUCACACAAAGUAAAAAAGCAAAGGAGCAAGGGCUUACAACAGAGGUGUCUUUGCUGCAGGGCAAAAUGCAAGGAUGAACACUCCAUCAGAGCACUUGAAACACCCCUGAAGAACAGCAUGCUGUCACCACGACAGCUACAAAACAUGCCAAUGCAACAGGGAUACUAUGAAGAACCCUUGGGUUCACCUGAAACUAUGGGGUCAACAAACCAAGAGGCCUAG